CGUCUGCGCCGAGGUGAGUGCCGUGCCGUGUGUGGAACCGUCGCGCCGAGCUCGUGGUUCUCGCUCCUUUCACACGCUCAACGUCGCUGUCAUCUCGCUGUCAUGGAUCCCGCAUUCGAAGGAGCUGGUUCUGAAGAAGGCACGCAGAUCUGGAGGAUUGAGAACUUUGAGGUUGUACCAUACCCAAAGGAGAAGUAUGGACAGUUCUACCAAGGAGAUGCAUACAUUGUCCUCCAUACCAUUGAUGUCAAAGGGACUAAGAAGUGGGACCUGCAUUUCUGGCUUGGAUCCCAAUGUUCUCAGGAUGAGGCAGGAGCAGCUGCCAUCAAGACGGUAGAGCUUGAUGACCAACUCGGAGGCGUUCCAGUCCAACACCGAGAGGUGGAAGGGCACGAGUCUUCCCUAUUCCUCGCCUGGUUCAAGAAGGGUGUGAGAUACCUGAAAGGAGGUGUUGCAUCAGGGUUCCAUCAUGUUGACCCCGAUGAGCCUUACCCAGCCCGCCUCUUCCACGUUAAGGGCCGUAGAAAUAUUCGCAUCAGACAGGUUGAAGUUGGUGUUGGAUCCAUGAACAAGGGUGACUGCUUCAUCCUGGACUGCCGCUCUGAGGUGUACGUGUACAUGGGCUCGGCAAGCAGGAGGAUGGAGAGAAUGAAGGCCAUCAUGGCUGGCAAUGCCAUUAGGGACGAUGACCAUGCUGGCAAGUCAAAGGUCAUUGUUAUCGAUGAAAGUGCAUCAUCAAGUGAGAUUGAAGCAUUCUUCGAGGCUCUUGGUGGUGGCUCCCCAGAUGACAUUGCUGAUGAGGAUGCUGCAAUGGAGGAUGCUGCUUUCGAACGCUCAGAGAAUAAUGUGAUAACACUGCACCAUGUGUUUGAAGAUGAUAACAACAUCAUCCAGACCAAUCUCAUUGGAGAAAAGCCCCUUCUUCAGAGCAUGUUGGACUCUGGGGAAAACCAGCAGGACUGCUUCAUUCUGGAUACAGGCGUCAGUGUCUAUGUCUGGAUUGGCAGCGGAUCCAGCAAGAAGGAGAAGGUCAAGAGCAUGGAGAUGGCUGCUGGAUAUAUGGAACAGAAGGGCUAUCCAAAGUGGAUGAGUGUGCAGCGUGUUGUUGAGAAGGCUGAGCCUGCAGUUUUCAAGUCCUACUUCAAGAUGUGGAAGGAGCCAGAGGAAACCGUUGGUCUUGGCCGCGUCUUCACCCAGCGACAGAUCUCAACUGUUUCUGUACCUGAAGUUGACUUUGAUGUCAGCAGCCUUCACUCUGAGAAACGUCGCUUGCUGAGGAAGAACGCUGGCCCAGCCUUUGGCUUUAUGCCAGAUGACGGUUCAGGCAAGAUUGAGAUUUGGCGAGUGGAGGACUUUGAGCUGCAGCCGGUUGAUGAGGGAACUCAUGGCUUCUUCUUUGGUGGCGAUUCCUAUGUCAUCAAAUAUACAUAUGAAAUUAAUGGACAAGAAAAAUACAUCAUCUAUUUCUGGCAGGGCAUUGCUAGCAGCCAGGACGAGAAGGCUUCCUCAGCAAUCCAUGCUGUCCGACUUGACAAUGAACUUAAUGGAAAGGCUGUCCAAGUGCGUGUUGUUCAAGGCUAUGAACCUGCUCACUUCCUUAGGAUGUUCAAGGGUAAGUUACAGUUAUAAAAUACUUUUUAUUAA